AUGGAUGGUUGCGCCUUUGAGCAAUCCGCGCUGAUACAGUGUGAUAUUGGCAGCGAUCCGGAUCUUUCCAUGUCAGGCACGGAGUGCUUGAGUCUGAAUGUGACUGUUCCUCCUGACACUUCUGUGUCUGGAGUACUGCCAGUCAUGAUCUUUAUUCAUGGUGGCGGCUUCAUCAUGGGUGGUUCACACUGGCCGCAACAUGAUCCUUGUCGGCUGGUUAAGAUGUCUGUGGAAAUGGACAUGCCUGUUGUCGUGGUCAAUAUCAAUUUUUGCCUGGGUAUACUGGGUAACCUAACCAGCGAGGAGUUGAGAAAAGCGGGAUAUUCUGGGAACAACAGCUUGAGGGGCCAGCAGUGUGCGCUGAGAUGGGUGAAUAAAUUCAUUGGAGGUUUUGGAGGGGACGGGGAUAAUGUGACGGUGUUUGGAGAGAGUGCUGGUGCUGUGUCGACUUUGCAUCAACUAAGUGCUGAAGAGCCAUUCUUCAAGCGUGCGAUCAGCAUGUCCGGGACACCGCUCAUGCUUCAGCCAAUGUCUGCCUCCACCGCCGAAGCAUCUUAUAACAGCAUUAUAAAAGCUGCAGGGCUUGGAAGCGCUUCGACGCAAGAAAGAAUCAAUCAUUUUCUCAACAUCAGCCCGGAAGAGCUUGUCAAAAUACCCAUGAACGUUCCUCUCAUUCUUUUCCAGGACAACGACAUCCUUCCUCAAACCCAACCUCACAUCGUCCUUUCUCCAUACGGCAUCAAUUUUUCGACACCCGACGACGAAGCAAAAGAUUUCAUCAUCGACCUAGCUACAGACUUCGCAUAUCAUGUACCUGGGCAACACUAUGCUUGGGCUUUCGAGGGCCAAACUUGUACAUACAUAUUCAAUCAAGGAAAUCCUUGGGAUGGGAUGUUCAAGGGAAAGAGUACGCAUUUGCUUGAUGCGGCAUUCUUGUUCCAGAACUUCAAUGAUCAUAUGGAUGAUGAGGCGAAGCAAACGGCCAGGAGGUUUGCAGAAAUCUUUGUAGUAUUUGCGAAUGGAAAGGCAAGUGUAACAUGGGAACAUGAUAUGGAAAGAAAUUACGGCAAAGGCGGUUGUGAGAGGAAUGAAUUGGAGAAAUUGGCAAAAGAAGAAAAUGUGGGUUUGGAUGAGUUGAGUGGGGCGUGGGAUCUGUUCUUGGCCGGAAAAUGA